CGGUCAAUAACUUCGGACCCCUGCACAAAACGUUUAAGUGACCACAAGUGAUCAAGACGUUCUCCUGUUGUUGUUUACUCCCCUGCGAACUGAACUCGAGUUUUGGAUGCCACGUUAUUUUAGUUGACCGGUUUAAUGACUCGAACUUAAUUUGCGCCCUCGGAGAGAGGAAAGUAGCCAGCAAGAAAUGCAAUCCGAAAAAUAUGCGAAACAACAAGGCAGACAACACCCAACGGCAAAAACUCGGCCUGGAGAGAAGGAGACAGCGGCAGCGACGCGUCUGGGGGCUUACAGCAGUGGGCGAAGUUCUAGCAGCUUUCCAGAAAGAAAAAAACCUAGCCAACAAGUCCGACAAGUUUAUGGCUUAA